AUAAUUCAACCAUGACUUGCUUUCUAUACCCAUGUUUCCAAAUCUAAGAUGGAUGAAAGUGCUCCUUUGCUAGGCACAGAAGCCCGAUCAUGCUCUAUUGCCACCGCACACGAUGAGGAAUUUCCCGAACUAGAUCGGGUCGCAAGUGUCAAAUUUGAUCCCAACGGAGAUCCAGACUGUCCUUACGACUGGCCUAAAGCAUACAAGUAUGGAGUUGUGGCAUUGCUAUCAUUCAUGUCUUUUACGACAACUUUCACGUGUGUGGGAAUUGUGCCAAUUGCCCCACACAUCGUUCGGGAUCUUGAAGGCCGGCACGACAAAUCAGCCAGCGUUCUGCUUGUCACCAUAUGGGAGCUUGGAGAAGCUGCAGGACCUUUAUUGAUUGCACCGCUUUCAGAAAGCUUCGGGCGCUAUCCUAUCUACAAUGCUUCGAACAUUCUGUUCAUCAUCGGCACCAUCAUCGUCGCCAUGAGCCGGAAUAUCGAGCUCCUGAUAUUUGCAAGAUUCCUAACUGGACUUUCAGUGGCUUCCAAUGUGCUUAAUCCAAGCGUUAUUGGCGAUAUCUUCCAACCCGAGCACAGAGGAAGCGCUAUUUCUUGCGUGUUUCUUACCACUCUUCUCGGAGGCGCAAUUGGCCCUGCUGUGGGUGCGAGUAUUGCCCAAGUUGCAGAUUGGCGACUAGUUGUGCUGAUUGCAGCUGUAAUUGCAUCAGCUUGUGAGCUUACUUUUCUGUUCUUUUUCCGAGAGACAUAUUCUGUCUUGAUCUUGCAAAAAAGAGCAUUGAGACAAGAACAUAAUGACAGCGUAGCUGCAAAUAAGCUUGUAAAGACUAUCACCGGCACCGAAGUUGAAGGAUCGACAAAUGCGAUAUGGCAGGCCAUCAAGCGACCAGCUCGCGUCUUUCUGGAUUCUUUCGUCCUCCAAAUUAUGGCAUGGUACGGUUCCAUUGGUUUUACAUUCUUUUACAUAAUGUCAACUAGUCUUCCGGAUAUCUUGCAGGAUUGCUUCGGACUGGAUGAAGCACAAACAGGACUGUCAUUUAUGACGUUUAGCUUCGGUUCUAUCACAGGUAUUCUUGUCUGCAAUUUGGCAGUUGACAGAAUCUACCUAAUGCUGCGCAAAGCGAACAACGGCAGGGCACAGCCAGAGCACCGUCUGCCACUUGUCAUUGUUGGCGCAUGCCUUCUGCCGAUCGCCAUCGCAUUAUAUGGAUGGAUAGCAGAAUGUCGGUGGUCACUCUCGGCUAUGUUGUUCACUGUGAUUUUUAUGGGAUUCUCUCUGCUUAUCGGUGUUGUUCCACUGAUGGCGUAUAUUGUCGAUGCUUUUGGCCUCUUUUCGGCGUCUGCAACGACUGCCGUCCUCGUGGUCAGGUGUUUGAUGGGGACAUUUUUGCCUCUGGCAGUUGGCCCCCUAGUGGAAAAACUGAGAUAUGGCUGGGCUUUCACUGUGUUGGCGGGUAUCGUUUUGGCAGUUGCACCGAUUCCCAUCCUGGUGAUGAAAUAUGGCACGGUAUGGCGACAGCGAUCGAGCUACUCGCGAAACUAGAUCUCGACUGUGAUUUUCGGCUUGAUGAGGGUAUCACAACGGUCGGCAAUUGUUAGAUCUAGCUCGCUACAUGACGGAACAGUAACUAGGGCUGGAAACCUUGAUCAAACUCGCCACCGCAGCUUCUAAGGCGCGGACCGUUCCCAGGCCGACGAGCACGGCUUCCUCUGCUUUGUCCUCGUUCGCUUCCAUGAGCUUCGUGAUGACGUGUCUCAUCAUGCUCUGGUCGACAAUCUUCGGGGGCCGCCAGCCCUCUUUGUACGGCCACCGCUCCUCCUCGAACAGAAUCCGCACCCACUCGAGAGGGGCGGCG